AUGCAGUUGAUGGGUAAAUACCUGAAAUGUUUUUACAGAAAUUUUUCUGCCAAUGUUCCAACAAUAUUUGCUCUUUCUUCUGGUCAAGGGAAAUGUGGUGUGGCAGUGAUUCGGGUAUCUGGACCCAAUGCCCGAGAAGCCAUUUUAAAAAUGACUAAAUGCAAGGAAUUGCCUAAACCUAGAAUGGCGAGCCUUCAAUUAAUAAGAGAUCCUCAAACUCUAGAAGAACUUGAUAAAGGCUUGAUUUUGUGGUUUCCAGAGCCCAAAAGUUUUACUGGUGAAGAUUCGUGUGAAUUUCAAAUUCAUGGAGGACCAGCCGUAAUCGAAUCCGUUUUAACGGCGUUAUCAAAGCUGUCAAAUUUUCGAAUGGCCGAACCAGGUGAUUUUACAAAACGUGCUUUUCACGCUGGUAAAUUGGAUUUGGUAGAAGUUGAAGGCUUAGGAGAUUUGAUUCAUGCUGAAACUAAUCUUCAAAGAAAACAAGCUCUGUAUCAAAUGGAAGGUAAUUUGAGCAAACUGUAUAAAACGUGGAGAGCUAACCUUUUAAAGAAUUUGGCUCACGUGGAAGCUUACAUAGAUUUUAGCGAAGAUGAGAAUAUUGAAAAUGACAUUAUUGAGAACGUUCAUAAAAAUUUGACUGUUUUGAAAAAUGAAAUAGAAAAUCAUUUAUCAGAUGGCAGAAAAGGUGAAAGAUUACGUGAUGGAAUAAAAACUGCUAUUAUAGGAGAGCCUAAUGCUGGGAAAAGCAGUUUAUUAAAUAUUUUAUGCCAGAAACCAGCUGCAAUUGUAACUCCAAUACCUGGAACUACUAGAGAUACUAUAUCAGUUCACCUAAAUUUAUGUGGGUUUCCACUCACAUUAGUAGAUACAGCUGGCUUAAGAUCAAAUGCCACUGAUAUUGUAGAACAAGAAGGAAUUUCAAGAACCAAAAAAGUCACAGGACAAUCAGAUAUACUUUUACUAAUUAUUGAUGCAAAAAUGUUGAUGUCACAUUUUCAAACCACAUCAAGUUUACAUAAACCUGAUAUACUAAGUGUAAUUAAAGCUCACAUCAAAAAUUUAGAUUUGAAAACUGACUGCAAUAUAACUCUUGAAUCAUUAAUGAAGAACAAUUUACAAAAAUGUAUUUUUGUAUUAAAUAAAAUUGACUUACUAAAUAAUGAAGAAAAAGAAGUGUUUCAAGCAUUUAUGAAAGAAAAUAAUUUUACAUUUAGUCUUAUUUCUUGUAAAACAGAAGAAGGAGUUAAUCAACUUUUACAAAGUAUGGCUAAAACAAUGCAACAUGUAUGUGGAAAUCCAACUAGAGAAAAUCCUGUUUUAACUAAUAGUAGACAUAGAUACCAUUUGACUGAAUCGUUAAAAUAUUUAAAUGAAUAUUUUAAAUUUGCUGAUACCGACAUAACCUUAUCUGCACAAAAAUUGAGACUGAGCCUUCGACAUAUUGGUAAAAUUAUGGGAAUAUUUUUAAGGUACUUUACUGACCGGCAAAUUCAAGUACCACAUUAUUUAUUUUUCAAUUCUGGUUUGGAUAAAGAAGACAAGAUAAGUCUUAUAACUGGUAUCAAAGUCAUUGAUGAUUUUAUAACUAAUGAGGAAGAAAAUUCAUUGCUGCUCGAGUUAAAUUCUCAUUUAAAAAGAAUGAGAUAUGAAACCGGUCAUUGGGAUAACGCUAUAAAAGACUUUAGGGAAACUGAAAAAUCAGAAUGGAAUCCAAACAAUUUUAAGAUAAUAGAAAGAGUUAAAAAUUUUGUUUUUGAAAAUCAAGUGGUUCCUAUUAAACAAGUUCAUGUUUUAGAUUUGAAGGAAACUGGAGUUAUUUUACCCCAUAUAGAUAGUAUUAAAUUUUGUGGUUCAACUAUUGCAGGGUUAAGUUUACUCUCUGAUUCUGUAAUGAGAUUAGUUCAUAGCAAAGAUAAAAAAAAAAUUGUCGAUGUACUUCUUAAACGUUGUUCUUUAUAUAUUAUGACAGGUGAUGCAAGAUAUAAUUACACUCAUGAAAUUUUAGGAAAUGAUAAUUCAAAGUUUGGAGACAAAAUUAUUAAGAAAGGCAGAAGAAUAUCUGUUAUUUGUAGGAAUGAGCCAUAA